AUGUCGUGGAUUAGAUCGGCAGUGAACAAGGCCGUCGAAGUUGGCGGCAUGAACAGCCUCACUCGCACCGUCCGUACAUACGCCGACUCUGUUGUCCAACAAGCUGGCCAAGCCGUUGCCGAGGGUGCCAAGAUCUUCCAAGAUCGCAUUGCUCCUCGAAAUUUUCAAAGCUUUAAGCUUGCUGUGAAAAGAUUGGAAGAAGUUUCUGUUUCUUGUAGAGGAAUAGAAAGAAUUCAAUUACUAAGAAGGUGGUUGGUUGCACUUAAAGAAAUUGAAAGAAUAUCUGGAGGCUUUCUAGAGACUACAGGAAAAGAAUCUCAGCAGCUUCAUAUCUAUGAUGAAUCCAGGGAUUCUCCUAGAAAGCCUACUUUGGUUUUGUAUUAUGACUCUGAUCUUGGUGGAGAACCAGUAAAUUUCCGUGAUGUUUUUCUUUACAGCCAAGCUCUUGAAGGGAUGACAUUGUCUAUGAUUCUCGAAGCACCAGAUGAGGAAGAAGUUUCUCUGAUAAUGGAGAUAUUUGGGCUAUGUCUCACUGGAGGAAAGGAAGUCCAUAAUGCAUUAGUUAGCAGCAUACAAGAUCUGUCAAAAGCUUUCUCUAGCUACCAAGAUGAAGUACUGGUAAAGAGGGAAGAAUUGCUCCAAUAUGCUCAAGGUGCAAUUGCAGGGCUGAAAGUACAUGCUGAAAUUGCAAGAAUAGAUUCUGAAGUCUCAAAUAUACAUAAGACCCUAGAUGGAAUAAAAACCAGGCUGCCUCCAAGUGAAGGUCGUGAAAAAUCAUCUGAAGAAUCUACUUUUGCAACAGUAGAGGCUCUGAAAGAAGCACUUGCACAAAUUCAACUCUGUUCCAAGUUGGAGGAGAUUUUACUGAAGAAGAAAUUUUUAAAGAAUGGAGAUUCUCCAGAAAUUCAUGCUCAAAAGGUUGAUAAAUUGAAAAUUCUAUCAGAAUCUCUUUCUAACUCUGCCUCAAAAGCUGAAAAGCGCAUUUCGGACCACAGAUAUCAAAAAGAAGAAGCACUCAACUUUCGUGUAACCAGAGCAACUGAAGUCAGUCAACUUGAAAAGGAUUUGGCAGCUGAAAUUGGAGUGCUUGAAAAGCGAAAAGAAGAGCUUGAAGCUGAAUUGAAAAAGGUAAAUACCUCGUUGGCUACUGCACGUGCACGUCUUCGUAAUGCCAGGGAAGAAAGAGAGCAGUUUGACAAUGCAAGUAAUGAGAUUCUUGAACACUUCGAGACAAAGGAAGAUGAGCUGGCCAGAUCUGUUGCCUCAUAUAGAGCAGAAUCCGAUGUUUGCAAUGCUUUAAUUAAUUUUCUGGAAGAUACGUGGGGUUUCCAAAUCUCAUACACAGAGCAUAAAGAGAAGCAGAUCAGUGAUGAAUGGGAGAGACACGAAGACUAUUUUGUGAACUUGGCUAUUCAUCUUUUAUCUACUUACAAGGAAGAGUUGGGGCCUUCUGUCACCAGUAUGAGGAAACUUGUGGAGAACUUGAAUUCAAGUCAAGGGUCAGAGAGAGAGUCCGGUGUAAGUGAUGAAAAUUCACAACCAACCAACCCCAGGAGAAAUCUUGAAGGAGAAUACUUGGACUCUGAAGCCAAGAUUAUAACCACCUUCAGUAUAGUGGAAAGCCUCAAGAAGCAAUUCUACACUAAAAACGGAGAUAUGUCCAGGAAAGUUGAUCAAAGGGUCGAAGAGUUAUUUGAUUCUCUUGAAAAAAUCAAAAAUGAAUUUGAAUCCAUUGAGAGACCAGUGUUGGAAAUUGAGACCACGUCACGACGGGCAGAGACACCAUCAAAAGAGAGGCCCCCAAAAAGUCCAUCUUCUACCUCUAAAGAGGCCGGAAAAGAGAAAUAUGUACCCAUUGGGGGACAAAGUAUGGAAAUUGAGACUCCACCUCAAAGAGCCGAGACACCAUUUCAAGAGAGGCUCCAAAAUACUUUGCCUCCUAGUCUCAAACAGGUCGCAGAGACAACAGAAGACAAAAAAGAUGAAUUUUCCGAGCUACCUGUGAGUAAAGGACCAUCUCAAGUGACGCCCCAAAAUACUUCAUCUCCUAGUAUCAAACUGAUCACUGAGACAACAGAAGGCAAAAAAGAUGGAUUUUCUGAGCUACCUGUGAGUAAAGGACCAUCUCAAGAGAGGCCCCAAAAUACUUCAUCUCCUAGUCCCAAACAGAUCACUAAGACAAUAGAAGGCAAUAAAGGUGAAUUUUCCGAGCUUCCUAUGAGUAAAGGACCAUCUCGAGAGAGGCCCCAAAAUAUUUCAUCCCCUAGUCCCAAACAGAUCACUAACAUAACAGAAGACAAAAAAGAUGAAUUUACUGAGCUUCCUAUGAUUAAAGGAUUAUCUCAAGAGAGACCCCAAGAUACUUCAUCUCCUAGUCCAAAACAGAUCACUAAGACAACAGAAGGCAAAAAAGAUGAAUUUUCCAAUCUUCAUGUGAGUAAGGGAGAAGAAGGACCAUCUCAAGAGAGACCCCAAAAUAUUUCAUCUCCUAGUCCCAAACAGAUCAUUGAGACAACAGAAGGCCAAAAAGAUGAAUAUUCCGAGCUUAAUGUGAGUAAGGGAGAAGGAUCAUCUCAAGCCCAAAAUAUUUCAUCCCCUAUACCCAAACAGACCAUUGAGACAACAGAAGGCAAAAAAGAUGAAUUUUCAGAGCAACCUGUGAGUAAGGGAGAAGGACCAUCUCAAGAGAGGCCCCAAAAUAUUUCAUCUCCUAGUCCCAAAGAGACCAUUGAGACAACAGAAGGCAAAAAAGACGAAGUUUCCGAGAUUCCUGUGAGUAAGGGAGAAGGACCAUUUCUAGAGGGGCCCCAAAAUACUUCAUCCCCUAUAUCCAAACAGACCAUUGAGACAAUAGAAGGCAAAAAGGAUGAAUUUUCCGAGCUUCCUGUGAGUAAGGGAGAAGGAUCAUCACAAGAGAGGCCCCAAAAUACUUCAUCCCCUAUAUUCAAACAGAUCAGUGAGACAACAGAGGGCAAAAAAGAUGAAUUUUCCGAUUUUCCUAUGAGUAAAGGACCAUCUCAAGAGAGGCCCCAAAAUACUUCAUCUCCUAGUCACAAACAGAUCAGUGAGACAACAAUAGAGAAAAAGCUUCCGGUGUGUAAGGAAGAAGGGACAUUGGAUUUGGAGGCAGAAUUUUCAAAGCCGGGGUCUAAAGAUGAGAAGCACAGCAUAGAUUACUCAAAAGAGGAGAUUGAAUGCUGGGAAUUUGAUGAACUUGAAAAAGAGCUGAAAAACAGCGAUUCAUCUAAUGCUCAAGAAAAUAAACCAAAAUCUGAUGAACUUAAAAAGGAGCUGAAAGACGGUGAUUCAUCUAAUCCUCGAGAAAAAAAACCAAAAUCUGAUGAGCUUGAAAAGGAGCUGAAAGAGAGUGAUUCAUCUAAUGCUCAAAAAGAUAAACCAAAGCUUCCCCCUGGUGAUUCAAACACCUCUUAAAGUGACAUAAAUUUUUGACACCAUAAGAUGUAAUUAUUAAACAUAGUAACUUCCCAAAAACUGCAUUUUAGUACUUUGGUUUAAGGAAUUGGUAGUAGAGCUCAGAUCAAUUUAAACAGGUAAAUAUUUUUCGGAGACUUGUAGCAUGGAUACAAUGGAACCUAUAAACCUUUCAUUUCUCUCUUUUAUUUUAUUUUAUUUUAUUUUGAGAGAUACUACAUCUCUCUCAUAUUGGAUCCACCUGCUCUUAUUGUCUAGAAUGUAUGGGCUUACUGGUC